AGAGAGAGAGAGAGAGAGAGAGAGAGAGAGAGGUAUAUAUAUCUUCAUUCAUUUAUAUAUGAUGGUAGAGGUGCUAUUAAUUUUAUAAUUAGCUUUGUGAUAUUAAUAUUAGGAUCUAUUACAGAGGUAAUGGUGUCGACGUGGGGCAUUGCCGAGGUUUCUGCUUGGCUUACAAGAAUAGGAUUACAAAAAUAUGUUCAAGCUUUUGUGGACAAUGAAAUGGAAGGGCAAGACAUUUUGGACAUAGGAGCGGCUAUUUUGAAGUGCUCAUCUUCUCCCUCAAAGCUGGAUGCCAAACCUGGAGCUGAAACGCAGUCACCUCCGACAGGAAACUCAUCAGAAAUAACUUCUACCCCAACAAGCAGUACAUCAGGAAUAACCUCUAGGCUGAGCAGUACGUCAGGAAAACAAUCACCAACUUCCCAGAUAGACACUUUGUUCACUGAUGAUGAGGAAAACCCUGAUGAACUUUGGAAUGAUCUACAGAAUUACAAACUGCCUCUAUUUUCACCAUGCAUAAAGACCAUUUUGCAAACAAGGGAAAGUCCACGGGAUUACCUGCCUGGAACUUCAAACAGAAGGGCAGUCAUCAGGGCCCUUACAGAUGAUCUAGUAAAGAAGCAUAUUGUGACACUAUCAAAGCAAGGAUACACCAACCUAGUGAAUGCCCUGUUCAGUGAAUAUCCACACAUUGGAGACCCUAAAUGUUGGAGGAUGUCCCUUCGUACCAAGAUGAAAAAUAUUCGAAUGCCAUUAGAAUUGAAUAAUGUGCAAUUUCUUAAAAAAAAAUUUGGUUGCCUAGGGACAGGAGGUCGUAAGAGGGUUGCAGAAACAGUGGGUGAUGAAAGGGAGGCCUGUAAGAAAAGACAGAAACUUAAGAUUGAUUUAGAAGGACCUGGGGAUGAUGAAGUGACCGCACUCAGCCACAUAGAUAUUUAAAGGCUGAAUGUCAAAAAGAAUCACCUGAUCUUGCUAUGAUUGCAAGAAAAAUGGAGAGGACAUUUGCCUUCAGAUGGAAGAAGAUCAACGAUCCAAAUUUGUCUGUGGAAGACAUCCUCUUAGAUUUUCCAGCUCUAAGGGAAAGA